GUUCAAGAAAGAAAAAAAUAUCUUUGAUUUCUUUCAUUCGAUACAACCAAAAGCAAUGGCUGGAAUUGUUGUGGUUUUUGAUUUCGACAAGACGAUCAUUGAUUUGGACAGCGAUAAUUGGGUUGUGGAUUAAUUAGGUAUUACGGAUUCGUUCAAGCAACUUCUCCCUACCAUGCCCUAGAACUCUCUUAUGGAUAGGAUGAUGAAGGAACAUCAUGAACAAGGCAAAACUGUCAAGGACAUUGAAGGAGUACUGAAACGCGUACCCGUAAUUCCUGGUGUUGUUUCAGCCGUUAAAGCAGCUCAUGCUUUAGGAUGUGAUUUGAGGAUAGUGAGCGAUGCGAAUGUCUUCCUCAUUGACACAAUUUUGAAUCAUCUUGGAUUAUAUGAUUGCUUCACGGAGAUCAACACAAAUCUGAGCUACGUUGAUGAAGAAGGAAAACUCAGAAUCCGUCCUUAUCAUGAUUUUCACACUUGCUCUCAUGGCUGCAACAACCACGUUUGUCCUCCCAACAUGUGCAAGGGCCUGGUAAUAGAAAGAAUGCAAGCUUCAUUGGCUAAGGAAGGGAAGAAAAGAAUGAUCUAUCUAGGUGACGGACCAGGAGAUUUUUGUCCAAGCUUAAAACUCAAAGAGCAUGAUUACGUUAUGCCUAGAAAAGAUUUUCCAGCCUGGAAAUUAAUAAACGAAAAUCGCCAUCUCAUAAAAGCAGAAAUCCACGGGUGGGCAAAUGGAGAAGAGCAACAACACAUUCUGCUUCAGAUAAUUAAAGCGAUUACCAUUCAUGAAGAGAGGCAAUUUUUAUCAGGUGAUAGCAAGUUCCAGACGAUUCCGAUUAAUGCUGCUCAUCAUGAAGCCUUGCCAAAAGCUCUCCCUCUGCGUUACUAAUUAAGCCUUGAUGACAAUAUAUAAGAGUAUGGAUUAGUGUGUGAUUAUCAACAUUAAAUCGAGAUUAACUGUGUGAGAGCUAACUGAUUAAGAGUUGGCUUUAAUUAGUUGUAUUUUAGGGUUUUAUUGAAAGUUUGCCAUGGUUUUGAACCUUCGAUUCGGGCUCUAAAUAUUGUUGGGUGUAACAUAGUUAACUACGUAUAUAUCUCAUCAUUUAUCUCUCUUUUGAA